UGGGGUUUCCUUAGCAACCGCCCGGGGAAGACAGCAGGCUUGGGCCUGGUUGCUAAGGCCUCGCAGCAGAAGUCAGCAAAGUAACAACAGCAACUGUAUUGGCGGAGAGUGGGCAUCAUUUUCCCUUUGCGAUCCUUGAGGAGAUCCGUAACAACAUCAUAACUCUUAAGCUUCCUCAGACACGUCUUUCUUUUCCUUCAGAGCUCAAAGGGCCUUGGUGUUGAAAGCUAAAGGCACCCAGGAGCGUCCCUUCUCUCCAGCAUGUCUCACAAGACUUACAAUAAAAUAUGGGCAGAUGCCCAGGAAUCCCUCAACAGUCUGCUGCAGAAGGAGAUUGAAGAAAAGUCCCAAAGGCCACUGAAAGAUCGCUUAGUAGUGUUUCAAAUGCUAGCUACCUUCUACAUAAAAUAUGUGCAAAUCUUUCGCAACUUGGAGGCUGCUUAUGACCAGAUUGUUCACCCACAAAAGCGCUUAAUUAUUCGGCAAAUGCUGGAUAGCGUAAUGGGCCGUAUAUUGGAACUGAAGAAUGAAAUGGUGGGCUUGGAGUACUCUGAAUAUCAUUACUUUGAUGACAUUUUACAGGAUCUUAAACUAUCUCCUGAAAACAUUGAAAUCCCCAUCCCAAGAUAUUUUAUUAAAGAGAAAGUGAAGGUGCUGAAAGAGAGAGAGAGAAUCCUUGCUCAGAUAAUGAUGGAUGCUGGAAUAUGUGAUGAUGAACCUCGAAAGCAAGUGAAGGUCAUGCCCUUCGAAGAAGCUAUUAGAGCCAUUCAAAUAGCUGAGCGAGCUCGGCAAGGCCGACUCAGGGCUACGUUCAUGAAGCAAAUCUAUCUUGAAGAAAAGAGAGAGAGGCUAGCCAGACUUCAUGGCAUAAAAGGUCUAGAUCUGGAAACUGCUGCAGUAUGUAUUCAAAAGUAUUGGCGUGGAUACCACCAGUGGAAGAAAACUCUGAAACUUAGAGAAGAAGAAAUGAUAUUUCUAGGAAUGACUCAGCCUCUUCACUUCCACAAGCCUAGCCCUUCAUUGCUACGUGCCCAGAAAGUGGAUAAUUUAAGGUGCGAAAUUCAGGACAAGCAUGAGUCUGACUUCCAGGAAGCUCUAGUUACUAUCAAAGAGCGAGUUAAAGAAGUUGAAGGCCCUGACAUCAAAGAGAGUCUCCAAGACCAGAUCCGCCAGUGGUUCAUUGAAUGCCGGCAUGUUACAGGAAGGUUUCCUGACUAUCCUGAUGAACAACAAGGGGGUUCAGCUGCUCUUUUUUCUGAAAAAACUCCAGAGGAGGUUGCUGCUGAAUUAGCUGCUAAGGAGGAAGAAGAAAAGAAGAAAAAAGGCAAAAGGAAGGGUAAAAAGGAAAAGAAAGAAAAGGGAAAAAAGAAAAAGAAAGGAAAAGGAAAAGAAGAGAAGAAACCAAAAAAGAAAGGGGAGGAGGAAGAAGAAGGAUGGAAAAUGGCCCCCAGUAAUUUUCUCUCAAUAAUGGAAGAUGGUAACAACAAAUACAAAGAUGUUUGGCAGAACAGAGACGAGGCAUGGAACUUCUCACAGGAGUAUGACCCAGAGCUGAUCAAAGAGGAAAAGAGGAAAGAAGUGGAAGAAGAGAUCAGAGUGCAGGUUGACGAACUAAUGCGUCAGGAAUUGAAGAAUCUGAAGUUAGUUGUAGACAGAGAGAUAGAGAAAAAGGGGAAAAAGGGCAAAAGGGGAAAGAAAAAGAAAAAAGGUAAAAAGGGUGGAAGGAAGAAAAAAGCUAAGAAGGAGAAAGAUCUGACUCCUGACAGGACCAUUGAUUCCCUCUACCAGGAGUUAGUAGAAGAAAGGAUAUUAAUAAAACCUAAGAAAGUGAAACUCAGCGAUUAUGUGGGUGAGUACAGCUAUCUGGGAACUACACUUCGACAGGUGAACGUAGAGCCAAUGCCCUCUCUCACAGAUGUCAGGCAGCUCAUAGCACUGUAUGGAAUAUUGCCCCUAGGUUCUCAAUCUGUUCACGAGAAAGCUCCUCUGGUGAAGACUUUGCUCUUGGCUGGACCAGUUGGAGUGGGGAAAAAGAUGCUUAUCCAUGCACUGUGCACUGAAACAGGAGCCAAUCUUUUCAAUUUAUCAGCAUCUAACAUUGCAGGGAAAUACCCUGGCAAGGCUGGUCUGCAGAUGAUGCUUCAUAUGGUUUUUAAGGUAGCUAAGCAACUACAACCUUCAGUUAUAUGGAUUGGCGACACAGAGAAAACAUUCUACAAAAAGGUGCCUAAAGCAGAAAAAGAGAUACAACCUAAACGUCUGAAAAAGCAACUUGCCAAACGUUUGAAAACUUUGAAAAUUGAAGACCGAGUACUGAUCGUGGGAACUACUCAACGACCUUUUGACGCAGACCUCAGACCUUUAUGCAAAGUUUACAAGAAAAUAAUUCUGGUUCCAAGGCCAGACUAUGCCUCACGAUUUGUUCUAUGGAAAUACUUCAUUCGACAGAACAGUGGGGUUUUCUCCAAACAACUGAAUAUCAGUUGCCUGGCACAAGUGUCCGAUGGUUAUACUCAAGGGCAGCUCCUCAAUGCGGUUCAAGCCGUCCUGACUGAACGACGCCUGAUGCAGCUGAAUAAGAAGCCACUGGUUGCAGCUGAAUUCCUGACCUGCUUAGCUAAGCAGAAUCCUGUAUACAAAGAAGAAGAAGAAACAUUCAAGGCUUGGUAUGCAAAGACCCCACUCGGAAAAGCACGGAUCAAGUCAUUGACAGAGAGCGAAGAAUCUGCAAAGGGAAAAGGGAAAGGGAAAGACAAGGGGAAGGAUAAAGAGAAGAAGAAAGAAGGCAAGAAGGGCACGAAAAAGAAGAAGAAGAAAUAGUAGCAAUUGAAUUGAAAAAGUCCUCUCAAUACUUAAGACUAGUUAGAGAACUGUAGCUAUUGUGGGGACUGGGAUACCUUUCUUGAAAAUAUUCAUCUUUGUUUGACUUCCCUGCAGCUUAUAUUUAUCAAUAUUUUGUGUAAAGUUACAGGCCAGGACAACAGUGUGGCAUUUGAUCCCUCCAGGGUGAACUAAAGGCCACUGAAUUUCAUUAUUUGUAGUUGUUUUGAGAUAGUAAAUAACAGUUUGUCAGUAGUUAGGAGUCUGCUUUAAACUCUAUUGUAUAUUGAGACAGUUACUUGUAAUCCCCUGUGGCAGGAGUGAGCAAUUUGUGAACUGUUGAAUUGCUGCUCCCAUCGUUUCCUACUUCCAGCUAGGCUGGCCAGUGAUGAUGGCAGUUGUAAUUCAACAGCACCUGGAGUGCCACACAUUGCGUAUCUCUGCCCUCCAGGCAUGAUGCUUCCCCAAAAGAAAUCUCAAUCGAAAUCCAGCAAACCUUCAACUCCUUUUUCUUGAUGAGCACAUUGGCAGCUCUCCAGAAAGGCUAGGACUUCCCAUAUGCCAGUGUUGUGAAGUACACACACACACACAUUGAGAGCUGGAUAGAAACAUAGAAUACAUCCUAGAAGGGAGAUAUGGAAGAGAGGAAACAUUGGAACACUGGGAAUCUCCUCGUGAGUGGGGUCUGUAUGUACCAUCUACUUAUGCCUUACCAAACUUUUUUCAGUUAUCAGUGUGACACUUUUCAAUGUAUGUUUUGAUAUGACUUAUGUUUCAGUUAUAAAAAUAAAUAUACAAUUUAAUGUA